GGGUGAUGGCCCAGAAUGCCCCGCACCUGCCCCCCCCUCCCCCUCCCCAGCUCGGGGGGGCUUCCCAGCGCUCCCCUGGGAACAUUCCCGGCUCUUCUGCCGCUCUGGGACCACCCUGGGACCCCUCCCCAGCAUGGGAGAGACCCCCGAAGGGACCAGGUGCCCCCCGCCCCUCCCCCGGCGCUGCCCGAGGCUCUGCUGGGCUCGGACGAGGGCGAGCAGGAAGACCCCCGCGAUUACUGCAAAGGGGGGUAUUACCCGGUUCGCAUCGGGGACCUUUUCCACGGGCGCUACCACGUGGUUCGCAAGCUGGGCUGGGGACAUUUCUCCACCGUGUGGCUCUGCUGGGACCUGCGGAGGAAACGUUUCGUGGCGUUGAAGGUGGUGAAAAGCGCCCCCCAAUACACCGAGACAGCCCUGGAUGAGAUCAAACUGCUGAAAUGUGUGAGGGAUUCAGACCCCAGCGACCCCAAGAGGGAGAACAUCGUGCAGCUCAUCGACGAUUUCAGGAUUUCGGGGGUCAACGGCGUCCACGUUUGCAUGGUGCUGGAGGUGCUGGGGCACCAACUGCUGCGCUGGAUCAUCAAAUCCAACUACCAGGGGCUGCCCCUGCCCUGCGUCAAGAGCAUCGUCAGGCAGGUGCUGGAGGGCCUGGAUUACCUGCACACCAAGUGCAAGAUCAUCCACACCGACAUCAAGCCCGAGAACGUCCUGCUCUGCGUCCAGGAGCCCUUCCUGAGGCACCUGGCGGCCGAGGCCGCGCGCUGGGCACGGGGGGACGGCCCCCCCCGCAGUGCAGUGAGCUCAGCACCGCAGGAGGAACCUGAGCGCCUCUCCCGGGCCCAGCGGCGCCGGCGCCGGCGGCGGCAGCGGCGACAGCGGCUGCUCCUGAGCCAGAGACUGCGGGACCUGGAGCAGCUCGGGGACAGCGAGGGGACACCGGGGACAGCGAGGGGACAGCGAGGGGACACCCCGGGGACAGCCAGUGACAUCGAAGCCCCCCAGGACCCCCCGGAGGAAUUUGGGGGGAGCCCCCCGAGCGGGGCCUCGUCCUCGGGGGUGCACACGCUGCCGGCGGGGGGCUCCAGCGAUGGAUUCUCGGGGGGCUCCUGCGCCUCCAGGGGGGGCUCGGGACCCCCCCGGCGCCCCCCCAGCCCCAGCUCGGCCUCGGACUCCCUGUUCACCCCCACCUCCAGCUCCCUCAUUUCGGGGGGCUCCGAGGGGCUCCCCAACACCCUCGGGGAGGGGGCGCUCCCGGGGGGGCAGGAGAACCCCCUGGACCCCCGAGCUGCCCCACGGCUGCGGAUCAAGAUCGCUGACCUGGGCAACGGCUGCUGGGUGCACAAACACUUCACCGAGGACAUCCAGACCCGUCAGUACCGAGCCCUGGAGGUGCUGCUGGGGGCGGGGUACGGCCCCCCCGCCGACAUCUGGAGCACGGCCUGCAUGGCGUUCGAGCUGGCCACGGGCGAUUACCUGUUCGAGCCUCACUCGGGGGAGGAGUACAGCCGUGACGAGGACCACAUUGCCCACGUGAUCGAGCUGCUGGGGGAGAUUCCCCGGCACGUGGCGCUGGGCGGCCGCUACUCCCGGGAAUUCUUCAACCGGAGAGGUGAGCUGCGGCACAUCCGGCACCUGCGGCCCUGGGGGCUGCGGGCGGUGCUGCAGGAGAAAUACGAGUGGCCGCGGGGGCCGGCGGCCGCCUUCGCCCGAUUCCUGCGGCCAAUGCUGGCCUUCGAGCCCGGCCGCAGAGCCACGGCCCAGCAGUGCCUGCAGCACCCCUGGCUCCGCCCCUGACACGCCCAGAGCCACGCCCACAGACACGAUAAACCACGGCCAUGAUGUUUGUUGGGGUCCUGGAAGGGUUUUUGGGGUUCUCUGGGGGUUUUUUUGGUGUGAUCCAAAUGGCCACGGCCCAGCAGUGCCUGCAGCACCCCUGGCUCCGCCCCUGACACACCCACGGACACGCCCACUUCCACGAUAAACCACGGCCACGACGUUUGUUGGGGUCCUGGAAGGGUUUUUGGGGUUCUCUGGGGGUUUUUGGGGGUCCUGGAGGGUUUUUUGGGGUGAUCUAAAUGGCCACGGCCCAGCAGUGCCUGCAGCACCCCUGGCUCCACCCCUGACACGCCCAGAGCCACGCCCAGACCCAGGAUAAACCACGGCCACGACGUUUGUUGGGGUCCUGGAAGAGUUUUUGGGGUUCUCUGGGGGUUUUUGGGGUUCUCUGGGGGUUUUUGGGGUGAUCCAAAUGGCCACGGCCCAGCAGUGGCUGCAGCACCCCUGGCUCCGCCCCUGACACGCCCAGAGCCACGCCCAGAGCCAGGAUAAACCACAGGCCUCAGCGUUUGUUGGGGUCCUGGAAGGGUUUUUGAGGUUCUCUGGGGGGUUUUUGGGGUCCUUUGGGGGUUUUUUGGGGUGAUCCAAAUGGCCACGGCCCAGCAGUGCCUGCAGCACCCCUGGCUCCGCCCCUGACACACCCAGAGCCACACCCAGAGCCGCAAUAAACCACGGCCAUGACGCAGCGCUUGGGGGGGGAGGUUUUGGGGUCCUUUGGGGGUUUUUGGGGUCCUUUGUAGGGUUUGGGGUGGUCCAAAUGGCCGUGGACUGCAACACCCCUGGCUCCGCCCCUAGACACGCCCCUAACCCCACCCACCUCCACAAUAAACCACGGCACGGCGCU